UCAGCGCCCGCCGGCGGCCGCGUCCACCCGCGACGCUCUGAGGUCACCGACGGGGCCGGCCUGCGGGGGGCGGAGGGACGGAGGGAAGAUGGCGGCAGGGGCCGGAUAUUGGCGCCGCCUCCCCCAAUCCCGGAGCCGGCGCAGAUGAGGCGGCUCGGCUGGGGCCAGCGGCGCUUUGGAACCCGAGCUGGGGGACCCUGGCGGUGGGGCCUGGCCGUGCUGGAUGCCGGCGCCUCGGCUAGAGUGAGCGGCGGCGGCGGCGGCGGCGGCGCCUCUUUCCUCGGGCUCUUUCCUGUCGCUGUGGGUGCGAGCGGGUAGCCGGCGGCGGAGGCGGCGGGCCGGGAUGGAGGACGUUAACUCCAACGUGAACGCGGACCAGGAGGUGCGGAAGCUGCAGGAGCUGGUGAAGAAGCUGGAGAAGCAGAACGAACAGCUGAGGAGCCGCUCCGGGGCCGUGCAGGGCGCAGGCUCCCUGGGGCCCGGCAGCCCGGCUCGGGCCAGCGGGUCCGCUCCGUCCUCCGGCACGGCGUCCCCUCGGGGCUUCCCCUUGGGCCUCAGCGCCAAGUCGGGCUGCGGGGCGGGGACGGCCCUGAGGCGGACGAGCAGCGAGGAGCUGCGGGACGCCACCUCUUUGCUGGCGGCGGGCGAGGGCGGCUUGCUGGACGAGGUGGAGCCGCUGCGGCCCGACGAGCUGGAGCGCCUGUCAGGCUGGGAGGAGGAGGAGGAAAGCUGGCUAUAUUCAUCACCAAAGAAAAAACUUACACCAAUGCAGAAAUCGGUUAGUCCGUUAGUUUGGUGCAGGCAAGUUCUGGAUUACCCAAGUCCUGAUGUUGAAUGUGCUAAGAAGUCUCUUAUCCACAAACUUGAUCAAACCAUGUCAGCUCUCAAAAGGCAGAGUUUAUAUAAUAGUCCAUUCAACUCUGUGAGUUACUCAAGUCCGUACAGUCCAAAUGCCAGCAGCCCACACAGCAGUGGCUUCAACUCUCCAUCCUCCACCCCAGCGCGACCUCCCACAGUGAGACAGCUCCUACUCCCUGGAAAUUCAGGUAACUUGAAAAGCUCAUCAGACAGAAAUCCUCCUCUCAGUCCUCAGUCCUCUAUAGAUAGUGAAUUAAGUGCUUCAGAAUUAGAUGAAGAUUCAAUUGGAUCCAAUUAUAAGCUAAAUGAUGUAACUGAUGUGCAGAUUCUAGCCCGGAUGCAGGAAGAAAGUCUCCGGCAAGAAUAUGCAGCGACCACGUCUCGGCGCAGUUCUGGCUCUUCCUGCAAUUCUACCAGGCGGGGCACUUUCAGUGAUCAGGAGCUUGAUGCACAGAGUCUAGACGAUGAAGAUGACAACAUGCAUCAUGCUGUGUACCCUGCAGUGAACAGGUUUUCACCGUCACCGCGCAAUUCACCUCGGCCCUCACCUAAGCAGUCACCCAGAAAUUCUCCUCGCUCACGGUCUCCUGCUCGGGGAAUAGAAUACAGCAGAGUGUCCCCACAGCCUAUGAUUAGCCGCUUACAGCAGCCUCGCCUUUCACUUCAAGGCCAUCCCACAGAUUUACAGACAAGCAAUGUCAAAAAUGAAGAAAAACUAAGACGCAGUCUUCCAAACCUGUCCCGAACAUCUAAUACACAAAUUGACUCAGUGAAAAGCAGCAGAAGUGACUCAAAUUUCCAAGUGCCAAAUGGAGGAAUACCUCGCAUGCAACCUCAGGCUUCAGCCACUUCGCAAAGGCUGAAAAAUUUGCCUCGUACUUCCCUCAAAGCCAAACAGUUGCUCCAAACUUCAUCUACAAAAAGAGUACCUUCUCCAGGCAAAUUCCGCUCCCCUGCAGCACCAUCUCCUUUGGCUCUCCGGCAGCCAGUGAAAGCGUUUAGUAACCACGGCUCUGGUUCUCCUGGUAGCCAAGAAACAGCACAGCUCACACAAACCACCUCCUCACCUGGGCCGCCCAUGGCUCAGAACACAGUCUCAGCAAAUCUUCCCAGCAAUAUUAACAGCACUACUCUAACAAGACCUGCAGGGACAACCACCAUGAGAAGCAGCUUGCCCAGACCCAGUGCCCCUUCUGCUGGGGGUAUACCAGUGCCUCGCAGCAAACUUGCACAGCCUGUCCGCAGAUCCUUGCCAGCUCCUAAAACCUAUGGUAGCAUGAAAGACGACAGUUGGAAGGAUGGCUGUUACUGACCAGCAGAGACCAGGAUGCAGAGGUCCACAGCUUCAUGGGUACCUUCACCAGGCUACAAAACAACUUUUAUAUGCAGACUGUUCAGAUCAGACUCUUGGGAUUUAUAGAAUUCCAUCCCUCUCUGUCUUAAUUAGCACAAACUGACAGAGAUCAUCAGACAGCACUUUAAUGACAUUUACCAUCAGAUGUGUUUGGUAAUCAUACAAUCACUCUCCAUGGAAUCACUUUUAGUUUUGUUUAUUGGAAACUAGGUUGAUUUUUAAAUAUUUUACAGAGGCCAAUAUCUGGGCAAAUACCUAAUGGAUGCCAAAGAGAAAUGCCCAUUUGUAAACGAGAGAGAACCUUUGUGCACAAGAAAAUGGUGAAUUCAAGCUAUCCAAAACUUCACAUUCAACAUAAUUUACUGUAUAAAUAGUAUCAAUAAAUAUUUGUUUUAAUGAGAACUAAUAUUCUGACUAAUUAUCUAAACAGUUUCGCUAGUACUCCAGGAAAAUAUAGAUUGAGAUUGGAGUAAGGGGAGAGGAAAAAACCUGGGCUAGAGAUUUAAAACAUGGUCACUAUAUUUGGGAGAAUUUCAUAAAUUAUUUUUACAGAUUCAUUAGAAACGUUGUCAUGUUAUUUAAUCUUAAGUUUUGGAUGUAGCGCACAAAUCACCACCACCAGACAGUGUGAAUGGCCUGCAUCCACCAUGUGGCAUUGACACAUCUGACUUCUGUGUGUUUGUUUUGAUUGCCAAAAGGGCUCUAUAUCAGUUGUACAAUCUUUCUAAACUUUAUAGUUCCUGGCUCAGGAAAGAUGGCCUUUGCUAUUGAAGCCAACUUCUGCACAUGCUACUGUUACAAAACCAAGAGAUCUCAUUUCUAUUAGCAAGUUUUCAUGACAGGAAAGAGCAAGUACUGAGUGUCUUUGUUCUUGCUAUAACAACACCUCAGUGCUUACAACCUGGAACAAAACCGUACAGUGAGAGAGAGAUAGGAAAAAAAAUCUAUGCACUUAACCUACAAAUCUCUAGUGAUGGCAGUUGUAUUAUUGUUAAAUGGCAUAACAGUCUAUUAGGUGGUAGGAAAAUAUAGCCUGCUAAAUCCUACUUAAGUUGAUCUACUUUGAACUGAAUAACUGUAUAAAAACAUCUUUUGAAAAUACUAUCCCUUUUGACUUAGAUUCUGCCUUACAUCAAUUUUUGCAUUUUUGGUAACAAACCUACAACAUGUAAUUCUACUCUGUUAAAUAUUUGCUCUCUAACAGCUCAUAAAGUCACCUAUUUCAGUUUUAUCAAGACUGUUACCAGAUUAAAACUUUCUUCUGUAGCAGGCUCUCUUUUUUUGAUACUGAGGUCUGUUUUUAAAUACUUAAUUUGAAUAGCUCUAAAAUAUUGGCAGUUGGGUCACUAAAGGAUUUUAGAGAUGUGAUUGAACAUAAGUUCAUUCCCUAUUAAAGACAUUCCGUAAGUUGGCAAAAGAAAUUGAGAGAAAGAAAUGGGAAGUUUGAUAUUCGGGACAGCAUUCAGAUUGCUGGGUUGAGAGAAUGUUAAAACUUGAACCAAGAGCUUCAUUUCUUGCUAAGACUGACACCAUGAUAGUCUUUCUAUUAGCUUGACCAAUGUGGAAUCAUCAGUUAGCACCAGCAGCUGGAGAUUUAAACUGCCAGUACUAUGUAUUUGGUAUAUAAUGCAAGGGAGAAAUUGUAUCCUUGAAUUGGAGGGUGAUGAGGUGGGUCAGGAAAGGAUGGUGCCAGAAUUCUAUGUGAUGAUGAACUAAAAACAUGUUGCUUUUCAGAGGAAGAUAAAACAUCAGCUUUUUGGAGAGGGGUAUCUCAUGUAAAUCUAAGUCAGUGAAAGAAAGAACUAGCCCCUGUCUCUUUUAAAAACCAUAUAUACACAAAACAGGUCUCAGUUUUCAGUGCUACGUUUCAAAAACAUAUAUGCUGCAAUCUAAGAAUUAAAAGGAAUUUUAAUAUUAUGAAACAUUCAUUACAUUUUUUAAGUUAGAUAAUCAGUUUUUAAAAGAAGAAUUCAGGUUAUUUAACUUUGUUUUUAAAUGGCUGCAUCAGAAAUAAAAUUUCUAUUUUUUUUUAAUUAGAAUAUUUCAUCAUUUGUUAAAACAUAUUUUGGAUCUGAGUUUGGUAAAGUGUUAUUUUACCUGCUGUUGUACUACCACAGGCUAUUGGCUUUUAGUUUCCUAAAGAGAAAAAUUGCCUUUUUACUAGAAAGCCUUUGUGUAUUGCCAAUUUUUCUAUUCGGGAAAAUCUAAGGAUUUACUGUGGUUAGUCUUACAGAAGAAAUGUGGAUUUGAUAAACUAGUGCCUAUGAUUUUAACUUAUGUUUGAUAUAUAGUAGUAAGGGUUUUAUGAAUGUUGAUUAUUUUGUGCCAACAGCCCAGAAUUGUCACUUAUAUGUAAGCAGAAAACUAUGAACUCUGCUUCCAAAGUUAUUUAAUUUUCUCGGUGUUUGAAUGUUAUUUUUUGUAAGUGUGUUAAUAAAAGUGUAAAGAAUUGGAAAAAAUAUAAAUAUUCUUAACUCAAGCAUUUGCUGGAUCAUUUUUCUACAAAACUUGUUUGUAUAAUAUAAAACACUCUCUGAAGAAUUGACUUUUUUCAGUUUUCAUAUCCUGGAAAUCACAUUUUGUAAAACUGGGGACCAUUCAUAAUAGUCAGAUACUUUUUAAAAUUAUCUCAAUACAUCACUUUUAUAAAAGCAGUUUUUUUGAAAGAAAAUUAAAUACAUAUUUGGCCCCAGAAGUUUGUAUGACUCUAGAGUGAUGGAGAUGUGUGUGUUUGAAUUAACUUUUUAUGGAAUGUACAGGCGUCCAUUUCUGACAUUGCGCAUGGUCCUUUUAGAUCACAUGGAGUUUGAUUUGCAAACAUUUCUAUAGCCGAACUUGUAUAUGUGGUUGCUCCUUAAUAAACAGCCUGACCAUAAUGUUUACUAUUAAAUUUAUAUUCAUUUUGUAAGUGUUUAAUU